AUGGGCAUUUGGAGAGCAGCUGGCCAGGCGAUUCUUGUUUCUGCCGAUUCUUAUUGGGGAGGUGGCAGACAUGAGGGUCUGGAGCAUGACUGGGAGGUCAGAGGUAAAGCCCCGGAAUUUACUCCUAGUGGUCAAGAGGACUACGGCUUGACAGAUUUAUGGAGGCUGGAUCUGGAGGUUUCGUAUUCACCCACGAGUCACCUUGUUCGUCUAAAAGGUGGCAUGGGGAUGCCUGCCUACCAGAGGCGUGCUGGCUCGACGACCAGUGAGUGUUUCACUAGGGCAUGUGAUUUGCGUGGAGGUGGAAGAGUCUAUUUCCCAUGUUCUCUUCGAGAGCCCGCGGGUCGCUCAGAUCUGGGGGUGCGCCUCGAGCCUCCCCGACGCUCUGCAUGGGUGGAAGUUGACCGAGGAGUUCUGCACUUCCUAAAGUUAUCGUCUCAGAGGCUCGAACUUGAGGAGCAGGGGAUUAGGGCUGCCUACCUGGCCUACCACUGCUGGCUAGAUAGGAAUGCCCGGGUCUUCAAGAACAGCAGAGUGCAUCCGAGAUGGACGGAGGACGAUGAGGCCAGUCACGGUGACCGCCCUCUGAGGGUGGACAGGGGUAUUGGCAAUGUUGAGAUGGCCUCCUUGAUUCGACCGGUAUUAGCACAAGAGGUACAGGAGGCAGUUUGGGCGCUGGCUGCUGACAAGGCUCCAGGGCCCGAUGGUUUUCCUCCCUUCUUCUUUCGGAAGUACUGGGGCAUUAUCCACCGAGGUGUGGUGGAGGCUAUCCAGUGUUUUUUUGCCCAGGCUGCGAUGCCCGAGGACUGGAAGGCCACAUUCAUCACGCUUAUACCAAAGCGUCAGGAUGCGGUUGAGCCCAGUCACUUCAGGCCUAUUAGCUUGUGCACAACCUUAUAUAAGGUUGUGGCAAAAAUUAUGGUGGGCAGAAUGAAGCCUCUUUUACCUGGUAUCAUUAGCCAUGAGCAGGGGGCAUUUGUAGCUGGUAGAAACAUUUCACACAAUAUUUUGUUGGCUCAGGAAAUGAUGUGGGAUCUUCUAAGAGCAUCAAAGAGGCGCAGCUUGAUGGCCAUCAAGUUGGAUAUGGAGAGGGCUUACGACAGGAUCAAGUGGAGCUUUCUCAAGCGAGCACUGGAGGCGUACAGUUUCCACAGGCAAUGGAUUGGAUGGGUCAUGGGGUGCAUCCGAGGACCAAAGUUUUCUAUCUUGAUCAAUGGCACACCCACACUAUUCUUCGAGUCCACCUUGGGAUUGCGGCAGGGAUGUCCUUUAUCCCCAUACUUGUUUAUUAUUUGUGCUGAUAUCUUAUCACGAACCCUACAGAGAGUUUGCGCCGACCGGGAGCUGGAGGCGUACAUUCCAGCACCGGGGGCUCGACCUCUCUCACAUUUAUUUUUCGCUGAUGAUUGCCUUCUUUUGACCAGGGCACGAGUGACGGAGGCACGGGCUCUUCGCAGGGUGGUGACGGAGUACUGCAUGGAGUCCGGCCAGAGAGUGAAUUUCAUGAAGUCAGCUAUCACGUUCAGUCCCAGCACGGAUAUUAGAGUCCGACAGGAGAUCCGAGGGAUAUUGCAGAUACCAGAGCAGGAGGGGACGCUGACCUACCUGGGAGUUCCCAUCAGUGGCAGGCGGCCACGAGUAGCAGAGUGCUCGAGCCUGGUACAGCGAGUCCAGAGCAGGCUUGAGGGAUGGACAGCGUCUUCCCUAUCCAUGAUGGGGAGACUGACUUUGAUUAGAUCAGUAUUGGGUUCCAUACCAUUGUACCUCAUGGCUCACACUGUGAUACCAAAGACGACUCUGUUGAGGAUCGAGCGUCUUCUUCGGAGCUUCUUGUGGGGAUCACACGGUGGGGGCCAUGGUGUGCAUUUGGUGGCUUGGGAGCAGGUUUGCCGUCCUACUAGUGAGGGUGGCCUGGGGGUGCAAUCUUUGAUGGGGAGGCGUGAGGCUCUCAUUGCUCGGCAUGCGGCUCGGUUCCUGCUUGAGCCACACAGCCUGUGGAGUCAGGUGAUGGCAGCUAGAUAUGGCCGUGGGGGCCUAGAGGGAGUAUGGCGGGGUCGCCGAGUCUCUUUCAUGUGGCGCGAGAUUGGAAGGUAUCUGCUGACUGCAUCAGCGAACACCAGAUGGCUGAUAGGUGACGGCAGGAGCAUUGAUGUGACCAGUGAGCCGUGGGUGGACACCCUCCCAUUGAGGAGGUGGCCGAUCAUGGUUAGCAUAGAGGCAGCAGAGGGACUACGGGUUUGCGACCUUUUGGCAGCAGGUGGAGCAGAGUGGGAUGACGCUAGACUUCGACAGUUAUUUGGGGUACAUCUAGCAGCGAGGAUCCGGUCCAUCCCGUUACCAGGAUGUGCAGGAUCGGAUGUUAGGGUAUGGGGUACCUCGAGCCGGGCCAGGGUCAGGCUGGGAGACCUCACCCGUGUCAUCCAGCCAGAGCAGGAUAGGGGGCCAGAUUGUGCUUGGAUCUGGAGGUACGGCCUCCACCCGCGGGUAGCCCUCUUCUUAUGGAAGGUUUUCUGGGACCGCCUGCCGACGAGAGUAGCACUGAGCAGGCGUGGAUGGGGGAUCCCCGCAGAGUGUGGGACAUGCGGAGCCGCGGAGUCAGUGGACCAUGUGCUCUUCCAGUGUAUAUGGGCGAGGCUCACAUGGCAGUGGGCCGGGGUCCCGCAGGAGGCUCGGAGUGAGCGGCUACAGUUUCUUCACACGAUACGGCAGUGGCUAGCCAGCACGAGGACGAGUCAGGAGGCCAUUAGAGCGACUUGCACAGCGCAUCAGAUUUGGCUGGCAAGGAACGCUCGGACCCUCGGUGACCGCAGGGUGUCACCGCGUUUUGCUGCGGAGCGUGCUCGUGUACAGGCUUCAGAGAUCAUGCCCACCCACUCUUCAGAUAGGCCUUUGACAGCUCAGGGCACCUGGGGCCCCCCUUCUGCUUCGGCAGCUCACCAGAUGAUCUAG